AUGGAUUCGUCACAAAUCACUACAGCUUUUGGCACGGGACGUAUCUCACAGCAACCCCUUCCAUACCCCUUACAGAUACUUCCAGGACGAACCCAGGCUUCGGCGUCGGCCGUGGACAUUGAAGCGCACAGGCAGCCUUCCGAGUCUCGGAUGCUUCAACGAAGGGGGUUGCAGAGAGAAAACACCGAGCAGGACUUGGAUGACACGGCAGCACAGCGGCGCCACUCCCAUCGCCGAAACAUUGCCCUCCAUCUUGCCGCAUUGAACGCCUUGACUUACCUCUCUCUCAGUCUGAAACACUACCAACUACCGCACACCACAAACUGGGAGUACAAGACAUUUGAAAAGCUCAUUACCGUUGGCGAAAGAAGUCUGUCGGACUGGUUCGAGGAGUUGUCAGAUGUUGCAUUCGACAUCAAACUCUCGGAGUAUAUCGACAGCCUGAGCGUGGAGGACAUCAAUCUCUCAAUAAACGACGUAAAGGCCGCGCAGCAUUACGAAAGUCUCAUCGAUGGCUUUCACCGAAUGUACCUAGCAUCCACGACACACUGUACAUUGGUGCAGAAGGCAAAAUACCUGGAUAUCCCUCAACGAUUUGACUACUGUGAGGGCACUUAUCAAGAAUACGUCGCCGCUGUCCUAGAGGAGGACCAAACCAAUCGAAAGAGGCUCAAGAUAGCGUUGAAUCGAGCAGAUCAGCUUCUCUCAGCCAUCAGGACUGCCAUGGUGGACGAGAGCCUCGACGACACGAAUCUUGCAAGGCUCAAAACAAAGCUCACGGCUCUGCAAAUCGACUACCCCGAAGCAUACCAGACAGUAUAUGGCGGGCCCCAGCGGGAUUUAUUCGAUCCCGGCGCUGACAGAUGGUGGUACGAACAGCCUUACCUACAUGUAUUCAACAUCCCAGCAAACUGGGCCUAA